GCUGUACCAGUGGAAAGUCACCUCAAGCUAAUGACAGCUAGCCCAGCGUCGCACAUAGCAUACUCUUCCCAUCCUAAACCACACUCAUUUUUGUGUGUUUCUCAACGCCGCGAAGAUUUUUUUUUUUUUUAUAAAAGUGUGUAAAUUUGAACACGAGCAACUUCUUUAUUACUACCGUCUCGUUAAACCUAGUUUACGAAUAGCUCCGAGCGGCUGUCAUUUUCAUUCCUCCCCCCAAAUUUCAAGCUAGCAUCAUGGCUGCAUUGAGAGCGUCCUAUCACAGGAUUCUGGAUUCUAUCGAGCAUAUGCUGCCCGCCAAACUGAGACCUCUGUACAACCACCCGGCAGGUCCAAAAACGGUGUUCUUCUGGGCGCCCAUGUUUAAAUGGGGCCUGGUUGCUGCUGGCUUAGCUGACAUGACACGGCCAGCAGAAAAGCUGAGCACCUCCCAGUCUGCAGUACUGACGGCAACAGGCCUGAUCUGGUCCAGAUAUUCGCUGGUCAUCAUACCAAAGAACUGGAACCUGUUCGCUGUCAACUUCUUCUUGGGCAGCGCCGGAGGCUCCCAGCUCUACAGGAUUUGGAGAUACAAGCAGGAUCAGAAGGCUCAGGGCGCAACAGAGUCCUGACCGUGAAGUAAAAGGUCAACUUGUUGCCAGGGCACCCACAGACCUGCCCCGCACGCCCCGCUCUUCAUUUGUACAUCACAUGAUCUUCGUUUCCACGUGACAUCCAUGACAGCAACAUGAUCCGACCAUAUUUAACAUACAUUUCCCUGCUGGAAAUGUGCACUUUCCCUAAAGUUCCAAGUUUCCUCAGGGCAUAUAAUUGACAUAAAAACUAAAGUGAAAAUAACACUUGAUGAUGGUCACUAAUGCAAAAGUUAUAACUUGUUUAUUAACAAGUUGUUUGAUUGUACAUUUAGUUUGUAUAUCAUUUUUCAGGUGUAGCAGUCAUUACCUCAUGCAAUCAUUUCCCAAAAACAUUCACUUUGAAGAUUAUCCAAAGCCAUUGAAGGGCAUCACAUUUGUAGUCAUUUAUUUAUAAUAUGGUUAUUAAACUUUGAUUUUAAUGGCUUUAAA